GCUUCUCCUCUGUUCACUGCCUUGUUUAUUACGAAUCCACUCUCGCCUCCCUGAUCACACGAGGACGUUUUGAAGCAGCUAACAGUCACAGUCGAUAUUUGCAACUGUGGAUUUAUUCCUAAAAAAAAAAUCACCGGCAUCUCUGGACUCUGUAACAGCUGAAGUUUGAACAAAGAGGAGAUGACUGCUGUACCUGCGUCGCUCUGCUGCACUGUGCUGCUUUUAUCCUGUGUGUUUGCUGACCAGAAAAUCCUCACAGCUGAGACUGGACAAACUGUCAUCCUGCCCUGUCAAGCUCAAAACAACAAUGAUCCUGAACUCGUUGUAGAGUGGAGCAGAGCUGACUUGGACCCAGAAUAUGUCCUUUUGUUCCGGGAUGGUCACUUUGAUCCAGUCAAACAGCAUCCAUCCUUUAAGAACCGGGUGGAUCUGCAGGACAAAGAGAUGAAGGAUGGAGACGUGUCUUUGAUUCUGAAGGAUGUGACGACCAAUGAUGCUGGAACAUACGAGUGUCGUAUCAGAAAAAAAAGCACAAGCAGAGCUGUUCUAAGAUUUGAGCCCAUCAGCAUCAUCACCCUUAGAGUUUUUCCUCCAGGUCAGGUAGGAAGGAGUAACGCUGGAGAGGAUGAGGACGAUGGAUCUGCUGGGCUGAAAGCUGGUCUGUCAGUUUGUGCUGGGCUUCUUGUUGUUGUUACAGCUGUUGUUGGACUUUUGAUCUACAGACACAAAAAACAACAGAGGCUGAAAUGUCUCUGAGCUUUUUUCCAGCUGAAUUCUGACUCUCCCGCUGCUGCUCCGAGUCACUGUUGUCAUUCAGCAGCUGCCAUUCCCAGAAAUCGAAAGAUUGCAAUGAUUGUAAAACCCAUCCACUUUUAGACCCAACAAGCAGCAGGAGUUUAUCCAGAAACUCACAUUAAAUUAGAGAAAAAUGUGGAAUAAUUCAGCUUAAAAAAUCUUUUAAAAAAAGUUUAAACCUGAGUAGGACAUGAACCAGGACAGGUUCAUGGUGGAAGUCUGUCUGGAUUUUCUAAUAUGAGGAAAUGCUCUGACUGUGAAUCUGUAGCCGGUCUCAAUAACAUCAGCAUCACAUUAAUGCAGAACUGAGAAAUUACUCUUUCCACUGAACAGGAGGGAAAUUUACUGCGAACCAUAACAAAAAGAUUUGGUAACAUUCAUUAUUUUGUUUGCUGUUAUGAGUAGAAAAUGGGAUCAAAAGCCUGACAUCAACAUUUUAUUUUUACUCUGUACUGAGAGCAGCAGUUUAAUAAAGUGAACAAUGCUGUGAGGAGACUUUUCAGUGUUUACCUGGUAUUACAUAUGACGGACUCACAUCCAGUCACGCUCCUGUGGUCAAAGACAACAACACAAAGCUCUGAUUACAGAGUGAAAUGUAACACAAAACACACAGAAUAGACAACAUAGACUUUACAGACAUGUUUGCUUUCAGUUUGAAUCUUUUCAUGUAGAGUUUGGUCCACAGAA